GAGUCAAGUCGAAGUCAAACCUGUCGGAAGUUUCGACUGGUUUGGAUUCGGAAUUUCUUUCGGUCACCCAAAAUUCACUAGUCACCCGAAAGUCACUGCUUUCGUGUGAUUGUGUUCCCGCACGUUCUGCAGCUCACACGCGGCACAGUCCGUCUUCUGUCCUCUCACUGACAAAGCAGGCAAUCCUUCAGGCGUAUUUCCCGGCUCUUCUUUUGCUGCUACCUGGAAACCAUGGCAACGUACCAGUCUCGGCAGGAACCGUUGACUACGUGCCCCUACAACCCGGCCCAUCAGGUCAAGCUGGGACGUCUGCAGAUCCACAUCACAAAGUGCAGAAAGGCCCACCAAGAGAAGGAUAUGAAGCAGUGCCCCUUCUCUGCCGAGCACGUCGUACCUGCCAGCCAGCUGAUGCACCACAUCUACACGUGCCCACUCAACACCACUGUGGAACGCUUCCUCACCGUCUCAGAAAAAGACAAGCCAUCUGGAGAUGUGGCCCUGCCCCCUGCAGCCCAAGAUGUGCCGACGGAAGAGAACUGGGACGAAGAAGCCAGCGGGUCGGCCAGUCUCGAAGACAAAAUUCCAAAGCCGGCCGUGGCUCCCGUCUUCGUCAGCGUCCAGGCAAUGGCACCUGCCCAGCGGCGGCACUACUACGCCUCCCUGCACAGUAAAGCGGAUGAACUGCUGCCAAGCGACAUGAAGCCAAGGGUGUUGCCAGAAGCCAAGACACUAGAAGAGGAGGAAGAGGAGCUCCUGCAGAUGCCACCAAUGCCAAAGACAGAAUCAAAGGUACUGAUGCAUCUGAAAGCGAUGGAGGCCAUGCAGAGGAAGAAUGGUGCAGCGCUUUAUGAAGACAGUGACAGUGGUGACGAAUCUGACCAGCAGUUCAAGAGCAAAGUGUACCGCAUGGGACUGGGCCGCGGUUACGCCUCUGCGGCUGCUGUCAAAGCCAGAGCUGAGCAAAAGAGCGAGGAAGACUCUGAAGCUGAAAUACGAGCAAGGAUGAGGCUUAUGGGACUUGGACGUGGCAAACCUCUCCCACGCAAUUAGGUGGUUUCAAGAUGGCAGCGACUGUGCCUGGCACUCUGGACAGGCGAUGGGAGCUGUGCUUUAUUGAGCAGACAACAUGCACUGGAGUACCAUAUGGAAGUUUUUUAACAAGCAACAUCGUUUGAAAGGAUAAGCAUCUGACUAAAUCAUCGCAUAGCAUAUUUUUAGUAGUCACUGCAAGAAAAAUCUGCCGAAGGUGUAAUAGCACAUCCACAAGCAGCCACCAGCUGUAGUGAUUUACGCAUGGCGUAUGCCACAUUGAUCAUGUUGUUCAUUCAUAGUUCAUCUUUCAAAGCCUCGUGUUGUCCCUCAUCGAUGUUCUUUUCAUUUGUGAUGUGGCCAAGUCAUAAGUGCCUAAUAAAGAGUUUGUCAUUAUGCAAUUCA